AAUGCAAACAUCUUCAAUCUCAGAGGCAGAGGCGGUAACGCUAGAACCUGAUUUGAUAGGCGUCGAUGUUUAAUGUAAAACAAUCUCUCAAGUCUCAACCACAUUAUCAUUUAAGAAUUACGUGUAGUGUGCUCGUUUCUGACCAAUUUCUCGUUAUCAAAGUUCGAUAAAAUGAAAGUGAAAAGUUUAAGUGAACCAGGUAUUUCGAUUUUUAAAAUGACCUUGUCGGAAUAGGCACAAUUUUUCUGAAAUCUCAACAUCAGAAGGAAACUGCAGAUCACAAUGCAUGAAUCUCCAAAUUCAAUAUGGCACUCGGAACGAUUUCUCGUGGCUGUUGUGAUGUUUCUAUGUUAUGUGAAUUUUUCGAUGCAGAUAAACAAUAUGAAUAUCGCCGUGGUCGAGAUGACAUCAAAUAAAACCAUCACCAUUGCUGGAAAUCUAACUGAAGUUCGAGUAAGAGAAACAAAUGGCUGAAUUUCAAUGGGACACGAUAACGAUCGGCACAGUUUCUUGUAUCCUUUGGUAUGGAGGUUUAUUCGUUUUUACUGCAGGAUUUUUCGUUGAUAAAUUUGGAGGAUCAGGUACCUGUGUGAUUAGCAUGAUGAUGUGCGGUGUUUUGACUAUUCUCCAUCCGAUUAUAUUGAAAUUCGAUUACUUUGGGUUCUUGAUGUGUCGUUUCAUAACCGGAUUCUUUUUGAAUUUGUUUUGCGCGAGUACCUCCGAAGUAUACUCGAGAUGGUUUCCAAAAAAAGAAAGGACCACUUUGAUAGCAAUUGGUUGCGAUGGAGCAAACGUUGGUACAACGAUUGCAUUUCCUUUGUUCGGAUUCAUAGCAGCUGAAUGGGGAUGGCAAAUGGUAUUCUAUGUCUCAGGUAUCAUAUCCAUAUUUAUAUCACUGCUCUGUUUCACGAUCGUGAGAGAUCGACCUUCUCAGGAUGGAUGGAUUUCUGAAGCAGAACUGUCCUAUAUACUGGAUGAGACUGACAACGCUUCUCGAAAUAAAAUGAGUCAUCCUUACAAAAAAAUUCUCUGUUCAGGACCACUUUAUGCUGUUUGUUUUGGAAAAUUCACAUUAGAAUGGUUAACUACAAUUCUUACAGCUUGCUUACCUUUAUAUGUCAAAGAUUUCACUGGCGGAAACACUGACGAAAUAGGUUUGCUAUCAUCAAUCCCUACAGUCGCUCAAAUAUUCAUGUUCCCUAUAGCUGGGCUACUUUUAGACAGAUGGAAAAAUACUACAUUUAUCCAGCUGACUUUGAUGCACAAAAUAACUGUUGGUAUCGCUUAUCUUGUGUCAAGCUUACUUUUCGCGAUCGUUGUUCUCUCGAGCGAUUUCACGACAUCUAUGAUUGUUUUCGUAUUGAUUCAGAUAAUUACAUCGGAUGUUCCAGUAGUCAUUGAACCAAUCGUUGUUUGUCUUUCUCCCAACGAUUCCAGCGUAGUUUCCGGAUUGAGUAAAUUUUUAGGCUGCAUUGCUAAGAUUGUUUCAAGAACUUGUGUUGGGUUCCUAACAUUGAAUCAUAGCACGCAAGAGUGGAAUAAUUGUUUCCUUUUGACUACUGGCAUUUUGAUAAUUGGCACUGUGGUAUUUAUUCUAUUCGGAUCAAGCGAAGCUCAAGCGUGGUCUUCGUCAGAUCAAGAACGAGAGCGAUUGGUGAAAAUCAAAUAUAGAGGAAAACCUUCUGCUACGUAAUAGCUCGUGAAAAACAUCUCAACUCAACUACUUUCAUUGUGAUAUAAUUAGAUAGGUAUUUUAUUAAUAACAUAAUAAAGAAUUUCUGUUAUUGA